AUCUACGACCUAGUGUGUAAUGGUAUGCGGGUGGAGUCACUAUAAGUGCAAGUAAAAGCUGGGUCAACUAACAAACAAAUCAAGCAGCAUCAAGUGCAAACGUGCCAGUGUCAAAGAAUCCAUCGGCAAAUCGCAAUGUCUCGUGUGUGUAAAAUCGUUAUUUUCCUUUGUUUUGUCGCCGUUUGCGAAUACGUGAGCGGCAAUGUGAUUAGUUCUAAGGAUCUGAAGGAGGUGAAUACGAAAGAAUUACCCAUUGAAAAGGAGGUUGAAGAUGAUUUCAAAGUGAUUCCUAUUGAGGCCACCCCUGAAAAGCCAGCAGAAAAAUGCGCCCCUAUAGGUUCUUUCUGCAUGAACCACAGCGACUGCUGUUCCAACUCCUGUUUGGGAUACAUGAAGAGAUGCGUGUCUGGGACUGGGUAGAGCUGCUCUUCAAUAUGUUCAAACACGUGCCUAUGAGCUGAAUAUUUAUAUCCGCCUUCUCCAUUAAACUCAUUCUCUAAGGCACUUCACUAUCAGUUAAGCAAGGAAUCCUCAAUUUUUUUAGUUCACUUAAAAAAUGUUACAUUAAUUUAUAUCACAAAUGUUAAAAGUAGGAUUUAUUUGUUAAUUUUGCGGAUUGGAUGAAUAGGGUGGUCCAUGUGGGUCAGGUCUGGCGGAUUAGCA